AUGAGUGAGCCGAAUCCAAAUCGGGUACCCGUAUCCGUGACCCGACCCGUUGGAGGCACCGAGUACAGUUGGUGCAGAGCUAUCACCGGCGGCACUGGAAUCGCCGUCAUAGCUCUCUUACUCACCCGAGUCCCUAAACUCGAGAAUCUCCAAAACACCCUCAACAAACUCCAGAUUUACCAUCCAACACUCCGCUCAAACGUCCGUUUCGACGCAUCCGCCAAUUCCUUCUCCUUCGUAACGCCCGCCGAUUCCCGCGUCGAAAUCAAGCCGUUCGAUUCCGCAUCCACGGCUCAGAUCAUCCGAGACAGCGACGAUCCUUCCGCCGAACCGCACAGGAUCAUCUUAGAGCACGAGAUGAACAAGAACACGUGGAUCGAUCCGCACCGUUGGCCUAACGGCGAGGUCGGAGUGUUUUUCGUCAGCCUUUACGAUCUGAGAGACGACGGCGAGGAAAGGAUACUGACGUUUCGGCUCAACACUGGUGCGUGCGAUCGGACUUCGGCGGUUACGCUUCUGAGAGAGUUUAUGAAGGAUACGACGGCGGCGGAUGGACGCGGCAACGGUUCCGUGACGGUUGCGGAGACGGCGGAGUUAGGUAAGGCGAUAGAGGAUCUGGUUCCGAGUGGGAAAGGGGAUAAACCGUUUUGGGCGCGUGGGAUCGACGUGCUUGGUUACUCGCUGAAUGCAUUCCGGUUUUCGAAUUUGAAUUUCGUGGACGCGGAGGAUUCGAACCGGAGAACUCAAGUGGUUAGGCUGAAACUGGAAAGAGAUCAGACUCUCAAACUUGUGGCUGGAUGCAAGGGAAGAGGGCUAAAGCUAUGGGCGGCAAUAGCAAGCGCAGGGCUAAUCUCUGCAUAUUCCUCUAAGAAUCUACAGUCUGGUCAGGGAGAGAAAUACGCCGUCGUGACUCUUUCCGACUGUCGCUCUGUUCUUGAGCCUCCUCUUACUCCCAAUGACUUUGGUUUCUACCACUCAGGGAUACUUCACACGCACGACAUGAACGGAGAGGAAAAGCUGUGGGACUUGGCCAAGAGAUGCUACGAUUCAUUCACAUCCGCCAAGAACUCGAACAAGCAGUUCACGGACAUGUCAGAUCUCAAUUUCUUGAUGUGCAAGGCAAUAGAGAACCCUAACCUCACGCCUUCCUCGUCUCUAAGAACCGCUUUCAUCUCAAUAUUUGAAGAUCCCGUGACAGACGAGUAUCCGGAAACCGCAUUGGCCUCGGCCGGGGUGCAUGAUUACAUCGGAUGUGCUUCUAUCCACGGUGUUGGACCGUCAGUCGCGGUUUUCGACACGCUUAGAGACGGGAAACUGGACUGUGCGUUCGUGUAUCCUUCGCCGUUGCAUUCGAGAGAGCAAAUGGAUGGGCUGAUUCAACAUAUGAAAGCUAUUCUUUUGGAAGGAUCUUCUUCUUCCUUUUAA